GUGGGGACAUCGACUGUCACUCCGUUGGGGACAUCAACCACCACGUCGCUGCGGACCUCCGUGCCCGAGGGACACGGGUUGUUGGCCACCGUGGACCUGGGGACGCUGGCCACCGUGUCGCUGUGGAGGGGGGGAUGUCGGCUGCCACGGCGGCUUGUCCCCUGCUGGUGUCACCAGAUUGUCCCCAACAACUCCCGUCGCUCCUGUCCCUUCCCAGUGUCCCCAUCCAGCCAACGUUGUCCCCAGCAUCACCAUUAGCCCCAUGCCAGCCCUGUCCCCAGUGUCACCAUCGGCCCCACGUCACCUUGUCACCUCCUGGUGCCACCAUCAACCCGAUGUCACCAUUGUCCCCACGUCAGCUUGUCACCUCCUGGUGCCACCAUCUACCCAAGGCCACCAUCAACCCGAUGUCACCAUUGCCCCCAAAUCACCUUGUCCCCUCCUGGUGCCACCAUCAACCCAAGGCCACCAACAACCCGAUGUCACCAUCGCCCCCACGUCACCUUGUCACCUCCUGGUGCCACCAUCCACCCGAUGUCCCCAAGGCCACCAUCAACCCAAUGCCACCAUCACCCCCACAUCACCUUGUCACCUCCUGGUGCCACCAUCUGCCCAAGGCCACCAUCAACCCGAUGUCACCAUUGUCCCCAAAUCACCUUGUCCCCUCCUGGUGCCACCAUCUACCCGACGUCCCCAAGGCCACCAUCAACCUGAUGUCACCAUUGCCCCCACGUCACCUUGUCCCCUCCUGGUGCCACCAUCAGCCCAAUGCCACCAUCAACCCGAUGUCACCAUCACCCCCACGUCACCUUGUCCCCCGCUGGUGCCACCAUCUGCCCGACGUCCCCAAGGCCACCAUCAACCUGAUGUCACCAUCACCCCCACGUCACCUUGUCCCCCGCUGGUGCCACCAUCUGCCCGACGUCCCCAAGGCCACCAUCAACCUGAUGUCACCAUCACCCCCACGUCACCUGCUGGUGCCACCAUCUGCCCGACGUCACCAAGGCCACCAUCAACCCAAUGUCACCUUGUCCCCACAUCACCUUGUCCCCUCCUGUGCCACCAUCGGCCCCUUGUCCCCUCCUCGUCCCCCCUGA